GACGUUGUUUUUUUAUCUAAGGAGUUUUUGCUUUUUUACUGGUGCAGACAUUGUUAUAAAUACAAUUUUAUAGCGUAUACUAAUUUCACUACUGUGAUAAACAAACGAAUGAAUUGAUUGACCUGUAAAAGCCCACGCAGACACGCUAAACUAAAACGAAAGUAACUUAGCACGCCAGCCCAGCACUUCCCCGAAGUGAAGUUUGUAUAGUUUUUAAUACACAACGUGCCAUUGUAACGGUAUCUAAUAAAUAAACAGUCGCCUAUUUGUUCACUCGUUUCGCUUAUUUUCACUUUCACUUAUUUCAAAUUAUUCACGAAGCCAAACGAUCACAUGAUUAAGUAAUGCAAGAGGAAGCUAUAACAAUAUAAGGAACCAUUUCACAUUCCUUUGCCAAAAUGGAGAGACCAAUCGCUGGCAACUAUGGACACGGUUAUGGCACCGUCAAUCCAGUGUAUGGAGCAGCAGCAAUGUCGGCCGCGCCUUCCGCACCCCCUGCGAGCAUGUUCGACACAGUCCCGGGAUAUGAGGGAACCAUGGCCGGCGGUGGUGGCGGGUUUCUUCCACCUCCAAUGCCAACUGUACCGAUGCCUCUGCCUGAAGCCCCAAGUCAGCCAGACUGGCAAAUUCCCUCCAUCUCCGAGGACAGAGCUCGGGUGGCUCUCAGAACAUACGUCUCCAGCAAGUGUUGCUAUAGUUCCGCUCCUGUCAAUGAAGGAGUUAUAACCAACAUGGAGACGUUUAAUACCUACAGGUAUCGUUUGGAGACGUUCACAGAGUCCAGAUCGUCUGAAUGGAGCAAUGAGCCAUACACAGCGCAGACCGUGGAUGCCGGUGUUCAGCCUGCCCCGACGCCGUGGCAAAUCGCAACCAAACCUCCAACUUUCUUUCAGGACCAGAAGCAGGCCAUCAAAGUGCCUUAUACCUCCUCUGUCAAGAACUGUCACACGUGUCUCGGGAUGGGAAGAGGUCCCUGUACCACAUGCGCUGGGGCUGGAAACAAAGUGUGUAGUUGGUGUAAUGGUACUGGACAUCGUCAGACCGACGACCGCUGUAUGCACUGCACGGGCCGCGGACGAGAGAACUGUUCUUCAUGUAGUGGCCAAGGCAAUCGUCAGUGUGAGACCUGUCGAGGGAAGAGACAGCUGCUCGUCUACAUCAAUGUCAAUGUUAAAUGGACCACUGAGAAGGCCGAUUUUGUAGCACAGCAGUCAAGCGGUCUGAAAGUGCAAAACCUUGAGAGCGUUUCAGGAAAGCAGCUCUUUCAAGAUUCCCAAUAUAUGUUGUAUCCAGUUUUGGGUUUUCCUGAUGUGUCUGUCGCACAAGCUUCCGACCGUCUUCUGAAAGAGCACCUGGCCAAAUACGCCCAAACCUCCCGCAUCUUACAACAGAGACAGACAAUAGAGCUGAUUCCCAUUACCAAAGUGAACUACAUGUGGAAAGGAAAAUCCUAUGUGUACUUUGUGUACGGAAAUGAGUUCGAAGUGAACACUGAAGAUUACCCAGCCACCUGCUGCUGCUCUGUGAUGUAACACACCUGAUAUACAGUUCGUCAUUGUGAUGGAUAACUUCACUUUACACAUUCACCACAGAGCUGUACAUACGACCAUCAUCAUGAUGCGCACACUGAACAUCAGCAGUUUGUUCAUCAGAGGUCAGAUUCUAAUUCAUGUGACGAUGAAUUAUGAAAGAGAAGCUCUUUUUUAAUCUUCUGUAAUGUGCUUAUCCAAAAUGUAUUCGUAACAUGCCUUUAUAAUGUAAAUGUGAAUAACUAAAACUGUGAAAUGAUGACGCAGUUGAAAUUUGCCGUCCAAAUAAACGUAAUUUUCAUAUAGAAACAUACCACCAAUUUGCCUCUUUUCUUCUGAAAUAGAUUACAGAUAGCAUGUCAUUAUUGAUAUUAUAUAAAAGUAAGAUUACUGCAUGUUUACCAACGUCUGCUUUACUGCAUAGAAGGGUUGUGUAGUUUAAUGGGGCCUGUAAACAGUCAUUAAAUGAUGUUUUAUUUGUAUUUGCUUGGAGGUUAAUUGGAGUCCUUCCUGUUUUUAACACUUUCGUGCUGCUGUUCAAUGGAAAGUUUUGUUUGUAAAAAAUAUCAGUGGUAAGCCUGUGGUUGGUGUAUGUGGUCGCAGAGCUAAAUGUCCUGGAGAAUUAUUUUUUUAUUAAUUGUUCCUGUUUCCAGAAACAAUAACCUCAACCAAGUCAAGAAGUCAAGCUGACAAUCAUUUUUCAUCGCUUUUUUUUGUUCAGUGGUUUUAAAAACUGCGUCAAUCCAAACUCUGUGGUUUUGAAAUGUUAAAAGCAACGGUACUUCAUUAUACAGUAUAUAAUAUGCAUGUAUAAAUGUUAAAGACAUGAAUUCAUAAGUUGUCCCAUUCAAUAUAAUCAAUAUUUUGAUUUAAUUUUCUGAGUUCAGACUUACUUUGUCUUACUUCUGUCAGUUUUAGUCCCUAAAACCUUGUCUGUAAUGAGUUUUGAUUUAAGCUUAGCAUUAGAUGUUACUCCAGGCCUUUCCCGUCUCAUUCAGGAGUAAGAGCCAUUGUACACGACAGACUAUAACUCAAACUCUUUGUACAACAUAGAAUCCACCAUUAUUUUAUUUAGCCUUGUUGUGCAAGCUCUCUGGAGCUUGUACAGAGGCAGCAGCUUUUGCCAGAGGGGAACUGGAAUCCCCUGGUUGGGCCUGGGUUCUCCUGAGGUUUUUUUUCUCGAUUAGAGUUUUGGGUUCCUCGUCACCAUUUGCAUACUGUUUUUUGCACUAUUUGCCUGGCCGGGGGGCUGCUUUAGAAUUUUAAAGUUUUACUUAAUUAAUAUUGCAUAUAGGAAUUUAUAGUCUGUGUGUUAGUACGUGUGCAUAUUGUGUGUGUGGAGUGUUUUGUAUGUGGGUAUGUCUGUCUUCUGUGUUUUCAACUUUUUCUUGUUUUUGCAGGUACAACUUUAAUUGUUUUGCUUAUAGUCAAUAUGUCUCAUGUACAGCUGCUUUGUAACAAUGAAAAUUGUAAAAAGCGCUAUAUAAAUAAAGUUGAGUUGAGUUGAGAGUUGAGAGUUGAGAG